GUGGGUGUUCAGGAUGUGGGCCGAGGACUUUAGGGGCGAGCUCCCUGGGGUGGGGGGCGAAGAAAGGAUGAGCCACAGAGACCUGGAAAAGAAGCGGGAGGCUGGGAAGCAGGACAAGGGGGAGUGGAGUCUGGAGCAGGAGGUGAAGGUGCAGAACCGGCUGUCGGGCCCGGACCGCAACGGGCAGGCUUGCGGGGAGCACUACUCCGAGCCGCGGAGGAUCUCUGUGCUGCCCACGUGGUGGAGGAUCACGCACAGCUCCCGCUGGAUAGCGCAGGUGGGCGCCUCGGAGCUCAGCCUCCUGGCCUUCGCCCUGCUGCUGGUCAUGGUCUUCUCCAAGAGGUGGCUGCACCCCUCCCGGAGCCGCUUCUACCAGCGCUGGCCGCGCAACGUCAGCACCGGCAUCUACACAUCGGCCCACGUCAUGUCCAUGGGGCUCCUGCAGAUCUGCAGGCUGAAGAGCUGUUUCCCCUCGGAGAACGGGAAAGAUAGUUUUAUGCUGUGGACGAAUCACCCAGUCUUUGGGGUGGCCAUUAUAACCUUCUGCCUGGCGCUGGGGCUGGGCUUUGUCUUCACCAUCUGGCUGCACCUGCCGUACCUACCUGGUCUUCAGAGACUGCCUUUCUUUAGCUGGAUUGGGACAAUCAUGAGCUUCUUUGAAGUUAUCCUUAUUUUCUUCACCCUCCUGUUGUUCCCUAUUAACCUCUGGAUCUUUGAGUUGAAGAAGAAUUUAUCAAUCCCCAUCGGCUGGAGCUAUUUCAUAGGCUGGCUGGUGUUUUUCCUCUAUGUCACCUGUGCGGCCCUUUGCUACUUCAACCAUAAACAUUUCUGGAGUGUGAUUAUGAACCAUCCCUGUGGCACCGUGUUUUGCAGCAACAGCUCCAGCCCCAAACAAAACCUUCUGAAGAAGCUGAUGGUCUCAAACACCUCGAUCAAGCAGGGGGAAAUCCUGAAUCCUGAGCAAAAGAAUGGAUCUCUGUAGCCUUGUUGGAAAUCCUGGCACCAUGUUGUGCCCAUUCACCUGAA